AUGGUGGCGCUGAGCCCCCUGCCCCUAAGCAGGGGUUUCACCGAGGUAGAAGUGCUGUGCCUCAUUAAAGACUACUGGCAUAAUUCUGUACCAAAAAACAUCCGCAUGCUCGCUACCAGGCUCUUCAGGCCCAGGGCUGGAAUAAGUUUGAGGAAACAGACCCCAUCAGCUGUUCAGAAGAUAAAACAGCUUCUUAAAGAUAAACCUGAGCAUGUAGGUGUGAAAGUAGGUGUUCGUACAAGGGGAUGCAAUGGACUUUCUUACACAUUAGAAUAUACAAAAUCGAAAGGAGACUCAAAUGAAGAAGUAGUUCAAGAUGGGGUUAGAGUGUUUAUUGAGAAGAAGGCACAGCUGACGCUGCUAGGAACUGAAAUGGACUAUGUAGAAGACAAACUGUCCAGUGAAUUUGUCUUCAAUAAUCCAAACAUCAAAGGAACAUGUGGCUGUGGAGAAAGCUUUAACAUCUGAAAUCUCAGGAGUACUACUGUGACUUUGAACACCCCAAAACACUUACUAUUAUGGCUUUCGGAAGCAAAUGCAUUUCCUUCAGGUUCAUAGGCUGCAUAAAGUGUGGAUACCAUUAAGAAAAAUAAACCUAAAUCGUGUUGAGAAUGUAAAUUGUAUAUUAAAUUCCACCACUGAUGUAGUUGUGCUAUAAUUUGUGAUGAGUUGGAAUCCAAAAGGUAAGAACAGUAAGUGCUGUAGUAACAUCUCUGUACUUUCACAUGCCAAGGAAAUAAAAUUUCACUGUUCUUUCCCU